GGCUCGUCACUACAUUGCUGUCGUUCGGGUCAGAAUGACUAGACAAGUGUCAGUAUCGAUUCACCCGGCUGCUGGUUAUGCCAUGUUAUACAAAGCAUUUCCGGAUAUGGGAAAUGCAUGAGAGGAUUUACUGAUUAAGAUACGCGAAUAAAAUGUAGUGCGGAUACAUUAUUGAAGAAUGUAUAAUUUCCGACAGUUUUUACUUGACACGUUUAUACUUGCGACGUGUUACCAUAGUAUCUACGGACAAAAUGUUACGACUGACAAACAAAGCUCUAUGAAGUCAAUAAUACCUGCAGAAAUGAAAAUAACGUCAUGGAAUGACAUGCCGUUUUCGGGAUUAGUGCAAGAGAACGGAACGUGGGUGGGAAAAGGUUACGCAUUUUAUUUGCUCGAACUGCUUAGCUCCAAAUUAAAUUUCUCAUAUACUAUUAUACCGCCUAAGCAGCAUAUACUAGGUAAUAGACAAAAUGGAAUACUAAGUUUACUCUACGAGAAGAAAGUGGACAUGGCUGUGGCUUUUUUACCUAUGUUACCGGAAUUACGGAGGUAUUGCAUAUUCAGCACAGCUUUGGACCAAAGCGAAAUGACAGUGUUGAUGAAACGACCUCAAGAAUCGGCAACCGGUUCAGGACUGCUCGCACCAUUUGACAAAACUGUUUGGUUAUUAGUAUUAACUGCGGUACUUUUUGUAGGACCCAUAAUCUAUGUUUUUGCCAAGCUCAGAGCAAAGUUGUGGAAAAACCCUGACUCUGAGAAUUAUGGCUUAUUUGCUUGCGUAUGGUUUGUUUACAGUUCUUUGUUGAAACAAGGAACGAAUAUAAUCGCGACCACAGACUCAACGCGAAUUCUUUUCGCCACAUGGUGGUUAUUCAUCUUGGUACUGACGUCCUUUUAUACGGCGAAUCUUACUGCGUUUCUUACGAAACCACAAUUUACCUUGCCAAUCAACAAUUUGCAAGAUAUAGUGCACAAAGGUUACCAAUGGGUCAUUUACAAAGGACGCACUAUCGAUUUCCUACUUCAUCAACAUAUUACGGACGAGUUAAGUUUAUUAAACACUAUAGAAUGGAAAGGCCACUAUAUCACAUCAUAUGAGUAUCCGGUUAAAUCUAUUUUCAACGCUGUAGAAAAGAACAGAUUAUUUCUCGGGGAUACUCAUUAUCUCCAAAGCCUGAUAUUCGAAAAUUACAUUAACAAAACGCGCAAGCAUAUGUCACAUCACGACAGAUGUACAUACGUCAUUAUGCCCGGUACGAUCCUCGUUACCAAUAGAGCAUUUGCCUUUCCUUUAAAUUCUACCUUGGUGGAACUAUUCAAUAGAGAAUUGAUGGCUUUAGUGGAAGCCGGUAUAAUAAAGCGUGAAAAACUCAUGAAUCUACCACUAGCGCAAACAUGUCCAUUGGAUCUUCGGUCCACUGAAAGACAACUAUCAUUUUCCGAUCUGUCUCUGACCUUCAAGGUAGUGGCUGCUGGUUAUAUAAUCGCGACAAUAAUCUUCAUCCUCGAAUGGACGAUAAACACUUAUAAACGACGGAAAAAGACCGGAAGAUGGUGCGUUCACAUGCUCUGCUGCAGGUGGAAGCGAAAAUCGAAGGAAUCUGUGACCCCGCAAUUAGUGUAUACUAUGAAGAAUCAUUCGCUCGGCAAACGGACCAACUUGCAAAAAAUAAGUCCGCGACCGCUGUAUCAAAAUAUUCCAUACGAUCUCGUUCCAGGAAAGAAACACACUAUUAACGGACGCGAUUAUUACAUCGUGAUGGAUCGCUAUGGCGAUCAAAGAUUAAUACCCAUUCGCACGCCAUCCGCGUUUCUGUUUCAAUACACGGCAUAACAGAGAGGAAUGACUUAUAUAUUAUAUAACUAUUAUACAAUAGGAAAUUAAUUGUGAAAUUUAUUACAAAAUUCAGAAAUUUUAAUCAUUUUAAUUUUAAUCACAAGUGUCAAGCUUUGUAUGCUAAAAAUUAUACAACUUCCUUCCGCUCAAUAUCUAACAAUCUAUUAUAUUAUUCAAAAUAAUAUAUCAAAAAUGUCCCAUUUUAUUUAAACAAUUAAAAAUGCAACAUUUAGCAAAAAUAGAUUUUUUAAUCUUAUUUUUGAUCAUAAAAUUUACAGAGUGUUAGAGAAUAAAUCUGGCAUUAAAUUUUAGAAUCUAGAUUUGUAUUGUAUUACGCUUAUUGUAAUUAUGUUAUAGACACGAUUAUAAAAAGCGAAUG